GCAACGUCACGUCCGCUGACGUAUGGGGGCGGACGGUGGCCGGCGGGCGCCUGCGGCGAUGCGCCUGCCGUCCGCGCUGCAGGGCCGCUUAGCCGGCGGGCCCGGGGCGGCCGAGCCGCUGCCUGUGGAACGGGACCCCGCGGCGGCGGCCGAGCCCUUCGGUUUUGCGGCGCGCCAGGUGCGCCUCCCGCGGGAGCACGAGUUCUUCGAGGAUGGGGACGUACAGAGGCACCUGUACCUCCAGGACGUGCUCACGCAGGUGGCAGAGGUGCCGGACAGGCCCAGGGUGCCCGAAUUCACUUGUCAGGUGGCGGGCUGCCGCCAGGUGUUUGACACACUGGAGUACUACGAACACCACUACCACACGCGGCACCGGCACGUGUGUGCCCUCUGCCAGCGAGCCUUCCCCUCUGGACACCUGUUGGACGCCCACGUGCAGGAGUGGCAUGAUUCGCUCUUCCAGGUCCUGUCAGAGAGGCAGGACAUGUUCCAGUGCCUGGUGGAGGGCUGUACCGAGAAGUUCAGGACCAGCAGGGACCGGAAGGAUCACUUGGUGAGACGUCAUCUGUACCCUGCAGACUUCCGGUUUGACAAAGCAAAGAAAAGCCGAGGGGUGCCCCCUACCAUCUGCUUCGGACAAGGUGCAUCUCGAGGGUUCAGCCGCACCAAGAGAUGAGAGCAGCUCCAUGGAAGGGACACACGGUGUGGGGGGCUGUUCCCGGGCCCUGGUCAGGCCGAGCCGCAGCAGCAGCCAGAUGUCCGUUCCAAACUCGUGAAGUAAAUUUUGCACACCUGGAAACAGCAGUAACAGCCCUGGUGCCUGGGACCCUGUGCACCCAUGUGAGACCUGGACGGAGCUCCUGGCCUUAGCCUGGCCCUGGCCCCGGUCAUGAAGUGAUCCAGAGGCAGGGAGGGCUCUGCACGCGUCAGAGCCAGGGAAGUCUAGGCGUGUGGACAGUGGGUUCAGCUGCUGUGUGGGGUGCCCGUCCCUGGGCUCAGAUGGUGCCAGUUGGCUUCCUUCCAGUGCCCCUGGGAGGUGGCAGGCCCUGCAUACCCAGGGAUGCUGCGCUGGACGCCUGGCUCAGCCCCGACUUUGUGGGCGUUUAGGGAGUAAGCCAGUGGACAGAAGACCUCUCCUCUGCCUUUCAGAUACAUGAGAAUCAAUGAGCACUUUUACCAGGUGUGA